GGCGCUUCCGGCGCAUGGAAUGACCGGAGCACCGUCCCGGGGCACCGCGUGAAAUAGAACGCGGAGAGAACGGUGAGGGGAGCGGCAGCGGGCUGCGAUGGGACUGAGGCUCGCGCUUUGAGGGGGUGAAUCCAGUCCCGGCGCUAUGGCUCUCACCGGCAGGACGGUCUCGUGGUGGGUCCGGCUGCUCUGGCCCUGCCCUGUGGCCGUCCCUCGGGGACCUCCGGUCUGGCUGCCCACGGGGCUUGAGGCCUGCCAGCGGUUCUACAGCUCCCGCGACAAGGAGAAAAUAGAUAUGUCAGCAUAUCCUGCUGAAAGCAUAAGAAACUUCAGUAUUAUAGCUCAUGUAGAUCAUGGCAAAAGCACACUAGCAGACAGAUUGCUGGAAAUUACAGGAACAAUUGCUAAAACUGACCGUAACAAACAAGUACUGGAUAAACUGCAAGUGGAACGUGAAAGGGGAAUUACAGUUAAAGCGCAGUCUGCAUCUCUCUUUUACAAUUACAAAGGAGUAAACUACCUCUUAAAUCUUAUUGACACACCAGGCCACGUAGAUUUCAACUAUGAAGUUGCACGGUCACUAUCUGCCUGCCAAGGUGUCCUACUUGUAGUAGAUGCCAAUGAGCCACAGAUGAAUACUUGCCUUUUAAUAGGUGCUGUGGUGCCAUACCAUAGAAACAGAAGCACUGAAGUAAUGGAGAAUCAGGGUAUUCAGGCUCAGACAGUGGCAAACUUCUAUCUUGCUUUUGAAGCACAACUUGCAAUAAUUCCUGUCGUAAACAAGAUUGACUUAAAGAAUGCAGACCCUGAGAGAGUUGAAAAACAAAUUGAGAAGCUGUUUGAUAUCCCUGUUAAUGAAUGUAUAAGGAUUUCUGCUAAACAAGGGACAAAUAUUGAAAAAGUUCUUGAGAAGGUCAUUGAAAAGAUUCCACCACCUCAAUUUAAUACUACUGAUCCCUUGAAAGCCUUAGUAUUCGACUCCACCUUUGACCACUACCGAGGUGUCAUAGCUAACAUUGCAAUUUUUGGUGGGGAGAUUCAGAAAGGGCAUAAAAUUGUGUCUGCGCAUACAAAUAAAAGAUAUGAAGUUAAUGAAGUAGGAAUUCUGACUCCAAAUGAACAGCCAACACACAAACUAUAUGCUGGACAAGUGGGCUACCUGAUUGCUGGAAUGAAAGAAGUAACAGAAGCCCAAAUAGGAGACACGCUGUUUAUGUAUAAACAGCCAGUGGAGCCUUUGCCUGGCUUUAAGUCAGUGAAGCCAAUGGUUUUUGCAGGAAUGUAUCCUGUAGAUCAAACAGAAUAUAAUAAUCUUAAAAGUGCUUUGGAAAGGCUGACAUUGAAUGAUUCCAGUGUCACUGUUCAUCGUGACAGUAGCCUUGCUUUAGGAGCUGGAUGGAGGUUGGGUUUUCUUGGUCUUUUGCAUAUGGAAGUUUUUAAUCAACGUUUGGAGCAAGAAUAUAACACAUCUGUUAUUUUGACUGCACCUACUGUUCCAUAUAAAGCUGUUCUUUCCUCAGCAAAAUUGAUAAAGGAGUAUGGUAAUUCAGAGAUUACUAUUAUCAACCCUGCUCAAUUUCCUGAUAAACAUUCAGUGUCUGAAUAUCUGGAGCCAACUGUUCUUGGCACUAUUGUAACACCUCAGGAAUAUAUUAGGAAAAUAAUUAUUUUGUGUCAGGAUCGUAGGGCAGUCCAGAAAGAAAUGUUGUAUAUUGAUGAACAUAGGGUUAUGCUAAAAUACCUUUUUCCAUUGAAUGAAAUCGUGGUGGAUUUUUAUGAUGCCCUUAAGUCUCUGUCUUCUGGCUAUGCAAGUUUUGAUUAUGAAGAUGCAGGUUACCAGGCAGCAGAUCUUAUCAAAAUGGAUAUUCUUAUAAAUGGAAAUCCAAUUGAAGAACUGGCAACUAUCACACACAAUGAUAAAGCCUAUGCUACUGGUAAAUUCCUGUGUGAGCGUUUAAAAGAUACAAUACCAAGACAGUUAUUUGAAAUAGCCAUCCAGGCUGCUAUUGGCAAGAAAAUAAUUGCAAGGGAAACAUUGAAAGCUUACAGGAAAAAUGUUGUGGCAAAAUGUUAUGGUGGAGACAUUACAAGAAGAAUGAAGCUUUUAAAAAGGCAGGCAGAAGGGAAGAGACUGAUGAGAAAAAUUGGCAAUGUGGAAGUACCAAGAGAUGCCUUCAUACGUGUUUUAAAGAGACAGCCUGAGAAAUAAGUUAUAAUUAUGCAGCAGAUUGUCUUAACUUCUUAGAGACAGUGGACCUUACAGCCAUACCAGAAAGCCAAAGCAUCAAGAAAAGACUGAAGAACCCAGCUUGUUUUUGUUUCUGGAGGUAAUGACUGAACUGCAGACCUUUGUAAAUAAAUAAUUUAAAAAAAAAUCCAACCACGAGAAGAAAAACUUAUGAAAUCAACAUGACUAAAGCACAAAAGAAAAGUUUCUUAGAUCUUAAAGGAUAACUAUUGAUCAUGUAUAUUGGAAAGAUAGAGUCAGUAAUGUUUCUCAUGAGUUUGGCAGUAAGCAGGAAAACACCAAAUGUGGAUUUGAUACAAAAGGCAUUUUUAUUCAAAGAAAAACAGCUACACCAUGUACUGAAGUUUAAGCAUUCCAUUUCCUGUUUUUCUGUUCUGUUUUAGAAAAACAGGAAAUGAAAAGGAGAAUUACCCACUUACUUCCUGGAGGCGUGGAAAUGCUUACAGAGUAUUCUCACUGCCAUAUGGAAAAAGUUAUACUUAAAUCCUUUUAGUGGUUUUGGAAGUACAGUUAGAAACAAAGCUUAUUUAAAUGAUGACAUGCAAAGUCUCUUACUAGAUAGAAAUAACUGCAAAAAGCAAUUAUUUCACAUAAAAAUCUUCCAGCCCAGUCAACUCAAAUCAGGUUAAAUAAAUGUUUUAAACAAGAGCAUGCAGAAGUAAAAAAGAACUCCCAGAUUAACUUUCCUGGAGACUAGUAAAUUCGAAGAUAUUUUUCUGCCCUCUUCUGUGAUAAAGGAAUGAAAGGAAAAGGUGACCUUCCUCCCAUUUUGCAAAAAGAACACUUAAGAGGAUCAUUUCUCUUAA